AUGGCUCGGAAUCCGUUGAUGACUCUCGUCUUCUACAGCAUAGCAAUGGUUACCCUUCCGAUCGCCGCAUACUUCGUGUCCAGACAUGUGUUGGAACUGUUCAUAAGCGGACAGUCGGCUAAUAUCUAUUCAGCGAUCAGUGCUGUGAUUGUGGUUCACAUCAUAUUAUUUGGUUUCGUUUAUAUCGCAUAUAAUGAAGACAAACAAUUGGCGCAAACGGACAGACCAACCAAAACGCCCACAAAAACUGAUUAA